UCUCAUUUCUUUUGUCUCCUUUUCUCCCUUUUCUCCCUUUUCUCCCUUUUCUCCCUUUUCUCCCUUUUCUUCCUUUCUCCCUGUCUGUCUAAACACCCUUUCUUCUAUUCUUUUUCUCUCUCGUUUCCUUAAGUGUAUCUUACUUUUACUUACCCAAGCUUCCACCUAAUUAAUAUCUGUUAGAUGGACGACUUUUAUGACAAGCUCCUAGGCAUGACCUUUAAGCAAUCAAGCGACGCCAUCAGUAAAUGUCGCGACUUGGCCCGGGAGCAUGGCUUCACAGUCAAGCAGGAGACAAGUUCGAAUAAGAAUGUCUACCUGUACUGUUCACGUGAAGGUGUCCCUGAUUCCGUCAAAAACAACAAGGAGAUUAAACGUAAACGAUUGUCUAUGAGAUGCGACUGCAAGUGGCGCAUUACCCUAUUCCAGCAAGAGUCAAAGCAUUGGGUCUUCCGCAAAGCCAUGAACCCAGCUUCUAUGACCCAUAAUCACCCGUUAAUCUCACCAGAUGAUAUUCGGCAACCUUGGCCCCAGGCUGUCUUUGACAGAAUCGCGUACUACGCCAGGCAAAGAAACUUGACAACCUCGGAUACUCGUGAAAGAAUCAAGGAGGAUUUUCCAGACUUGAUCUGGGAUGAGCGACGCUUCUAUAAUCGAUUGACUGAGGAGCGUAAGCAGAUUAAACUACGGGAUUCAGAAAGUCGAGUCUUUUCCACGAUGGAGCUAGCUGCCCGUGUCGCCAGUCUAGCCAGCGCAGACCCAACUCUCUCCUACAAAGUCACAUCAAGCCUCGAGAAUGUCCUAGUUGAGAUUUGUGAGCAGCUGCGGAUCGAUCCCGCUGGUGCAAACUCGCGCGUUCUGGCUUCGCCGCCUCCCUCUGGAGGAGCAGGAGGGCCUUCAAUGAAUAUGACCUCACCUUCAAACACUAGUCCUGCUUUCAGUCCAUCUUCAUCCUCAAACUCGCCACUUAGUUCUUCUGAUUACCUUGUGACUUAUCCAGGAUGUGUCAUAUCUGUCAAGAAUACUCCGAGCCAGAAAGGACGCCCUUCCUCUGCUUCAUCCCCAGUGGUGGAUUCCAGCUACGGUUUGGGCCUUGGAAUGCCAUCAAUCAAUGAUAGGAAGCGCUCUCUCAGUGAAGAAUGCUUUACACGGCAUGGUAUCGGCGGCGCUUCGACAACAGCUCCUUCAUUCAGCUCUGCCAUGAGUGCUACCCAGAUGAUGAGCCAUCUGGAUAUGUCCACAACCUCGUCAGGAACUGUAGGACCAUUGCAAGGACCCCUUCCUGGCCUAGACUCCUCUGUCAUGUCUGGGGGCCCUAGUUUGCUGAUGAUGCAAGGCAAUAAUGGUUAUCACCCUCACUCGGGCCCUAAUCAUGCUCAUCAGCAGCAAUCACAUCAUCAUCAACAACAACAGCUAUACCACCCCCAUGAUACCCAACCACAUCAUGGCAAUCAAUCGUUGUCUUCUGGAAUGGCCACAGCAUUUCGGCCUCAUCAACAGUACCAUCCAUACCAACAACCGCACCAUCAGCAAGCGCACCCGGCUGCUAUAAGCCAAGAAGAUUUGUCUUCGUCAGAGUUGUCACUAGACCUGGAUCCUUCAGAUUACACUCGUCAAGAACAAGCUCCGACUAUAAAGAGAAACCAUUCAGUAGAUAUCAAGCAAGAAUUUCAAUCAUUCUAUCAACCCAUAAUAUCUACUCAACAACAGCAGCAGCCACCACUCCCUCCACAGGUCCAAAGACGAACAGGAGGAUCUCCAGGGCCAGGAGGGGCCACCAACAGAGCGUAUUCACAUCCCAACAUUCAUCCUAAUCAUUUCUUAGGUGAACCAGAGGACGUGUUUUCAAACCCUGUGACAUUCCAACAGGUGGCUACAACGGGUCAAUACCACUACACCACUUCGUCUGGAGCCGGUGGUAGUGGUGGUUAUCUUCAUACGAGCUAUCCAGGCACUGGUCAACAGUCCAACAAUAAUUCAGGGUGA